AUGACAGAGGAGGCCUCACCAGCCACCCCGCCCAAGGACGCCCUUCACCAGGCCGGCGGUGGUGUAAGCGGCGAGGAACACCAUGGCCGCAUCAAGACCGUCAACGACUCUGUCUUGCGUUGCCUCACCAACGUCUUCAACUGCCAUGCCGACGAGAACAAGUCAUGGCACAAGGCGCAGGCCGCCACCUUUAUCCGUUGCACCCAAGCAGGCGAUCCGGCGUCUGACCACGAGGCGCUGCCCCCACAGCUGGCCGCCAAGGACCAGCUCGACUUCAGCGACUUCUUGCACUACAUGACAUCGGAUGCUAGCAACAUCGUCCGGCCCUGCAGGACAGGUGACCAGGACCUCACCUACCCCCUGUCCAGCUACUUCAUCAGCUCCAGCCACAACACCUAUCUCACCGGGAACCAGCUCUACAGCGAGUCAAGCACCGACGCUUUCAAGAAUGUCUUGCUGAGGGGAUGUCGAUGUGUCGAGAUCGACGUCUGGGAUGGCGACGACACCGACUCGGAGUACUCGAGCAGUGACCUCGACGAUGACGACCCCAAGAAGGCCGAGAUCUAUGCCAAGCGGAAGCAGAAGGUAGAAAAGGCCAAGAAGAAGCUGCCCAAGUCGAUCCUCUCAAAGCUGGAGAAGACUUCCUUGGGGAAGAAACUCGACAAAUAUGUCGACAAGAAGACCGAGCACAGAGGUGCCUCUUCGGCAUCAUCGUCACCGUCAGCCGACCAGGGAAAGGAAAAGGAAGCCAGGCCGGUGGCCGAAGGCGAUGAGGACAAGCAAGCCUCCUCCGGUGUGCUCCAAAAGGUGCCCUCUCUGCCGGUGGCACCCACAGAGCCGCGCGUCUUGCACGGGUACACGCUGACCAAGGAAGUCUCUUUCCGAGACGUGUGCAUGGCCAUCAGGGAACAUGCAUUCGCCGUGACAGACCUCCCACUCAUUGUGUCACUCGAGGUCCACGCGGGGGCGCAGCAGCAGGAAAUCAUGGUGAGUAUCAUGAAGCAGGUCUGGGAUGGUCUGUUAGUCCCACCCCCGGACAAGAACGCAGAGGUGCUGCCGCCCCCAGGCGAUUUUCGUCACAAGAUCCUUGUCAAGGUGAAGUACGCACCUCCCGGCGUAGACACAGCUGCAGUAUCGGACGAGGAUGCAGGCCCCGUCGACCCUGCCGCAGCCGAGAAAAAGAAGAAAAAGAAGCCCUCCAAGAUCAUCCAUCCGCUGAGCGACCUCGGCAUCUACACCCGCGGCGUGUCGUUCAAGUCGCUCUCGCAGCCAGAGGCCAAGAUGCCAACACACGUGUUCUCACUGGCCGAGAAGGCCGUCGAGGACGUGCACGAGAAGGAGGCGGUGCAGCUAUUUGAGCACAACCGCAAGUACAUGAUGCGGGCUUACCCAUCAGGUUUCAGGAUUGGCUCGUCGAACCUAGACCCGGCAUCGUUCUGGAGAAAGGGCAUCCAAAUUGUCGCACUGAACUGGCAAAAGUGGGAUGAGGGCAUGAUGUUGAACGAGGGCAUGUUCGCAGGCACGGGCGGCUACGUCCUCAAGCCAGAGGGAUACCGCUGUGCCAAGCCCGGCCAGGAGACGGGGCCACAGCCGGUCGUCACCCACCGCACGCUGGACCUCGAGGUCAAGCUCUUCGCGGGGCAGAACCUGCCGAUGCCCCUGGACGAGACAUCGGCCAAGGGCUUCAAUCCGUACGUCAAGAUGGAGCUGCACGUGGAGGAGGGCGGCGAGCGGCACGGGAACUUGGGGCCCAAGGGCGAGGAGGCGGCCAGGCGGGCGGCCUCGAGCGACGAGGACAAGGAGGGCCAGUACAAGGCGCGCAGCAAGACGAUCAAGGGCACGUGCGACCCGGACUUCAAGGGCGAGAGUCUUGAGCUCAAGGGCAUCCCUGGCGUGGUCGAGGAGCUGAGCUUCGUGCGCUUCAUCAUCAGGGACGACGAGUCCUUCCGCCGCGACGACCUCGCCGCAUGGGCGUGCGUGCGUGUGGACCGGCUCAGGACGGGUUACCGGUUCGUGCACCUGCUGGAUGCCAACGGCCAGGAGACAGAUGGGGUGUUGCUUGUCAAGGUCAGCAAGAAGGUGUAUUAA